AUAUUAUUUUCUAUAAGAUGGCUGUUGCGAAAGACGAGAUCGAUCUCAAUAAAAAACUAGAUAUUUUACGGACAGAGGAAAGGUUUUAUGAAAAUCAAAUAGAAAAAAUCAACAACGAAUUAAGUAAAUUGCAAUCUGAGGAGGAUGCUUUGAAGAGCUGGCUGGAAACAGAAAAACAAGAAAAUGAUAUCGCAAUGUUGUUGGAAGAUGAUGGAAGGGAAGAUCAAGAGAGUGUUAUGUCUACAGAACAAAAGUAG